UCUAUGUUGCGUGUGUGUCUUGUGUGUGUGCUGUACGUGUGGUGCAUGUGUAUGUCUCUGUGGUGUGUGUUCCACAUGUAUAUGCGCUCUAUGGUGUAUGUGUGUGGUACGUCAUGUACGUGGUAUGUGAGGUGUGUUGCGUGUGCACGUGUGUUCUGUGUGUGGUGUGUGAGUGUGAGCACGUGGAUGGACGUGUCCGCACGGGUGUCUUGUGCAUACACGGAGCCCACGUUAACUGUGCCGUCUGGUCUCGGCAGGAGUCAGAAGCCCGUUCGUUUGUUGGUAACUGUGUAUUUGUCCUGGUGAGAACUGCUGGAAUCUUCUGAGACUGAAAAACCGAACCAGAAGAUCCAAGGGGGUGUUGGAGCCGAACACCUGCCCCACCAGGGGGUCCGGGGCGAGGCCCCUGCUACCACCUGCAGCUGUUCUCUCCAGACCCCCCGGCUCACCAGAGCCCACGUGACUAUGGAUCCUGUGGGGCCCGACUUUGGUGGUGCCCACCACAGCCACUCCUGGUGACUGGAUGGAUCUGUGCAGCUGGUGCCAGAAAGGGGCCCUGCGGGAAGCCAGCAGGAAACCGGCCUCGCCCCGCCGCUGGUCCAGAGUGAAUGGCUGGUCGUGGCCCCUGCACACCUUCCAGGUGGUGGCCUGGACCAUACUGUUCAUCUUGGCCUUCACCAACUUCUGUAUCUUCGUCCCCUUGCUGCCACCUAACUGGAACUUGAUCAUGUAUGGUGUGACUGGUGGGCUUUUCUGUUUCCACUUCGUGGUCCACUUGCUUGGAAUUUCCAUCGAUCCUGCUGAAACCAACGUACGGCUCAAGAAAUACUUGGAGCCCAUACCCACUUUUGACCCAUCAAAACACACACGUGUCAUCGAGAACCAAUAUUGCCACCUGUGUGAGGUCGCCGUGAGCCAGAAGGCUAAACACUGUGGGGCCUGCAACAAGUGUGUCUCUGACUUUGACCACCAUUGCAAAUGGCUUAACAACUGUGUAGGGGGCAGGAAUUACAGGUAUUUCUUUUGCUCUUUGGUCUCCGCCUCGGCCAGCCUGCUCUGCCUGAUCAGCAUCCUGCUGUACAUCUUCAUCCAGUACUCAGUCAACCCGGAGGUGCUGCGCACUCAUCCGCUCUAUGAAGGUGUCUCCAAGGACACUUGGCUGCUGUUCCUUCCUUUUUUCCCUGUAAAGACGAAGGCCCUGGUGGUCCUGGGCAUUGGGGUGUUCGUCCUGCUGCUGUCUGCCCUCAGCUUCCUGCUGCCUGGAUACCUGUUCAUCUUCCACCUCUUCUUAAUGUUCAAGAAGUUGAGCACAUAUGAGUAUGUGACACAGAACCGCUAUCAAAAUAUUCCAAAAGUUCCAGCAGGGAGGAAAGAGCUGUCCUUCAAAAUAAGCAUGCCACAGCAAGCAGAUGACCUGAGUCCGUCUGCUCGUAGAGAGCAGCGCAAGGAGGCCCCGCUGCAGCUGAGGCGCCCGGGUCUGCGUUCCACCAUCACCACGUGUGAGGAGAGCUCCCCGCUGCAGGCAGCCACAGGUGACCUGAAAUCACCCUCACACAGAGUGAAGUUCAACCACCUGCUGCUGGAUGUGCACUCAGGUCCACCCUCCUCCACCAACACGUUCAUGGAGGACUCGUGGGUGAUGGAAAUAGACAACAGCCUGACUUUAUCUGCCCUCAGCCUACCUGGGAGCAAGGUGUCCUUGUCGCUAUCCAGUGACUUCACCACACACCCCACCUUGGCCGCCGGCACAGAGGACCACCUGCCACUGAAGGUCUUAAAGGACCAACAGGAAAUGAGUUUGCCUGUGGAAGGAGACAGUGCUGAGGGCAAAGGCCCAGCUUCAGGAGACGAGGAGCCCACACUGGCCAAAUGGGCUGUCCACACACCAAUGGCCUUAGAGAUCCGGGCUCGGGAAGCAGCCCUGAAGAAACUCAGGCUCCCGCACACACUGCCCUCCAGCAGCCAGAAUGUGCCGCACAUGGAUGUCCCCUUGGAGAGGCAGCAGGUCUACGGCAUGGAGCCUGCCACUGUCAUCACCACCAGGAAGCCUGCAGAUGGGCAGGUGUGCAAUGGAGAGGACAUCCAGCUUCCAGGACAGAUAAAAGAGGAGACUUGGGGCCGGGCAUCGCCACCCAGCUAGGAAGCAGAGAGCCCGCUCGAUGCUCAGGGAGAGACCAGGGUCAACCUGGAUAUCUCUGUCAGCACAACUUGUGUCCACCCUGCCACGGAAGCCCCUGAGUCCAGGGCAGGCGCUCACCCCGACUCCCAUGAUGCCUGACUGGCCUGAGGCCGGCAGGCGCUCCCGCCGUGUUCAUGAUGCAGUGCAGCCCUCGACUCUAUGCAGGCACCAGUGGCAUCCGAUGGCCCGGCUUCUUCCAAGCGGAGUGCUGGGUCCUGCAUCCAGAGUCAAGGGAAGAAGGGAGCCUGUGCGCACCCUGACUUGUGCUAAAUGGAAAGACUUUGACCACCCCUGCGCCUCACUCCACCUGGAAGCCAUACUUGAAAGCCAUUCAUAAUUUUUCAAACACGUCCCCAUCGUGCUCCAAGAUUCAGGACAGACUUGGUGUGAUGUUUUCACUUGUGUUACUUAGGAAUGUUGACAACUGUUAUGAACCUAAGUAGCCUUUAAGGAAAUUCUUCAGAAUUUCUUAGAAAGUUAUACGAAAUAAUAAAAAAUAAUUUCACUGGCAAUAAGCUUGAAA